AAUACCACCUCCUUCGCUUGCAUGAUUGCCUCCAAAAUAUAUACGACCAGCGAUCGAUGAAGCAGACACAUACACACGUUUGUAGCUCGCUCACAUGGAUGAGUCGAGUGACCUCCAGUGGCGGCAGGGAUGGCUCGCCGUCGGCCUGCCGCCGGCGCCGGUGGUGGCGGUCUCCGCCAUCGUGGGGUUCUUCCUCUACCUGACGUGGCAGAUGGACGAGUACGAGGAGCAGCUACGGCGGCGCACGCAGGCCGGGCUGUGGGUGCUGCUGGUGCUCGGGGCGGUGGCACUGGUCCUGCUCGGGAGCCACGCGCUGGUGGACGCCGGAGGGAGGGUCGCCGUGCCGGUGUCGUGGCGGUGGGGCGGCGGCUACGGUGGUAGUAGCGGGGACGACGGCGGCGGCGCGUCGCCGUGGGCCGUCGCGGCGGUGGUGGCGGUGCUGCUGGUGUUGGCGUCGCACAAGCCGUCGUUCCAGAUGUUCCGGCCGCCGUGGCACUACAAGUAGCUGCUUCGCUUCACUUCCUCACCCUCCCCGGCUGGCUUACCCUCGUCACUCCUUUUCAAUUUUCUGUACAGAAAAGGAUUUAGUUUUCUUUUUUUGAGAAGGCUACCACAUAAUUAAGAGAAUACACGUGUAAUAGAAGAGUUCAUCUUAUUUUGCGUACGUAUUUGUAGCAUCUAGAAUGUAUAAUAUUAUUGUUACCGAUAAGAGAAUGCAUAUGUUUUAUCGAAUUUUUUUGCAUGUAUUUGUCCAUUUAUGGUGUUAUGAAAUAAAUAGAUGAUCAAUCUCAGAUUGGUAACCGAA